AUGACGUUCAAUGUAAGGACGCUAUCAACACAUGAAAAAUUGUUAGAACUAUGGGAAGCAGUGAAAAAUAUACACUUUGAUGUCAUGGGCAUCUGCGAGGUCAGGCGACUUGGUUGCGUGAUUGAGGAAUAUGAACAGUUUAUACUCUGCACGAUGGGUACCACACCUGGGAAGCAUGGCGUCGGCUUUAUUGUGAAAAAACAAUAUAAAAAUAACAUACACCGCUUUAUAGGACUAAAUGAACGUAUAGCUCUUCUAACCCUGAACAUUGGCAACCUCCAAAUUGAUAUAAUUCAAGUCUACGCUCCAACCUCAUCGGCAGAUGACAGCGAUAUAACAUUGUUCUACGAUGCACUCAAGGGGGCGCUUGAGCUCGCUGGGAAACACAUAAUCAUUAUUGGCGAUUUCAAUGCAAAAAUUGGGCAACCUAAACCUGAAGAAUAUUUGGUAACAAAGUGUCAUGGAUAUGGUACAAGAAACGUCAGAGGCGAGACACUAAUUCAAUUUGCAUACGAAAAUAAGUUAUCAAUACUCAACACAUUCUUUAAGAAAAGAAAUAACCGACGCUGGACCUGGCGGUCACCUGAUGGAGACACUAAAAAUGAAAUUGAUUACAUCCUAUCGAACCAUCCAAACUGGUUUCAAAACAUUGAAGUUAUUAACACCAUUUACCCAUCAGACCACAGACCAGUACGAGGCAUAAUCAAUCUACAAUGCAACAGAAAAAGUAGAGUCAACUACAACAAAUUACCAAAAAGUUUAUUAAAAACCGAAAAUGAAAUCAAAACAUACACAGAUACCAUCUCAAGUUUUAAGAAAGACCUAGACUACGACGAUAAUACCACAGUACAAAGUUACCAUGACAAGAUUAUACACGCCAUCACCCAAAGUCUAGAAAAAGCGCAACAGGCUAGAAGACACGAUCCGCAAAGCACAACCAUUAUUACAUUAUAA